AUGACCGGCCCGGGGGUGUGGUCACACUUGUGCUUGCCGAGGGGCCAGGUCUCGGGCUCCAUCCUGACGCGCAUGGCGCUCAACGGCAACCAGGUCGGGAAUGACCACAUCGACCAUGCGAUCGCACGUUUCGCGAUCGCCUUCAAGACCUACAACUACUUGGGCGUGCAGCACGAGAACGUCGGGCUGCCGACCAACACUUUCCAUUACACUGGGAUCCACCCCGACGACGAGGACCACCCGAACUCCGCCAACGAAAUCAGGGUGCCCCUCCACCGGACGAACAUCUUCAACAAGAGCGCCGCGGCUGUUGCCGCCUCUCGCCGUGCCCUGAGGCUCCCUCCAUGCCUCAUCGGCGGCGCGGGGCCGCGCAGGCGCUAA